AUGACAGCCUUCUUGAAAAUUGAACAAAGUCACAAAUCUUACCGGCCCCUGUGUGUGCUCACGUUCCGCUGGAACUAUUUGCUCUGGCAAUUAGAGCCGAUGGGCUAUCAUCUGGUGAACAUGCUGCUCCACUCCGUUGUUUGUCUUAUGUACUUCAGAAUGUGUUCGAUGUUUCUGCCCGAAUUGUCAAGUUUCGUGGCCGCCAUGCUGUUCGCCGUACAUCCCAUUCACACUGAAGCGGUUACUGGAGUUGUUGGUAGAGCGGAAACGCUAUCGUCCGUAUUUUUUCUAGCAGCAUUCAUUUUGUACAGCAAAGCGUCAAGGAAUAAGAAAUAUACAGGUUGGAAGUAUCUCCUAUUUUCCAUGGUCUCCAUGGCGACGGCAAUGCUGUGCAAAGAACAAGGGAUUACUGUGGCCGGAGUUUGUGCAGCAUAUGAAAUAUUUGUCGCCCAAAAGAUUCGCUUGCCAGAAAUGAAGUACAUCCUGAAAUCUGCCAUCACAGCCAAGUCCUCGUACCACAUACCCUGGUCCAACAAAGCCACAAAGAGGCUGGCUGUUCUUGCCGCCACCACACUAUGCCUGCUGUUGGCGCGACUUCAAAUUAUGGGUUCCCAACUACCCGUUUUUACCAGAUUCGAUAAUCCCGCAUCUGUUGCUGCCACACCUACGAGACAACUUACCUACCACUAUUUGAUCAGCGUGAACCUGUGGCUGCUGCUCUUCCCCUGUAACUUGUGUUGCGACUGGACUAUGGGCACCCUGCCCCUGGUGGAGUCGGUCUUCGACGUCAGAAAUCUUGGAACUGCGGUCGCGUACGUGUUUUUACUCGUACUGGGCGUCAAGGCCUUCACCACGGAGAAUAAGCAGCAGAGCAUGAUACUCUUGAUGAGUACGUCGCUGAUGGUUCUGCCGUUCAUCCCAGCAUCCAACUUAUUCUUCCCCGUCGGCUUUGUGGUGGCCGAAAGGGUACUCUACAUGCCUUCCAUGGGUUUCUGCAUGCUGGUGGGCUACGGUUUCCACAUUCUCACUGAAAAGCGAGGAAAGCAGCUGGCGUAUCUAUUCCUGUCCCUCCUGCUCAUAUCUCACGGCUGCAAGACAUACAUGAGGAACUGGGACUGGGAAAACGAGUACUCCAUCUUUAUGUCCGGCCUUCGGGUCAAUCAGAGGAAUGCAAAGCUAUUCAAUAACGUCGGACACGCGCUGGAAAGCCAAGGGAAUUUCCAGGAGGCGCUGAAAUUUUUCAAGACUGCUGUCAGUGUGCAGGAGGAUGAUGUUGGCGCUCACAUAAACGUCGGCAGAACCUACAAUCAUCUAAAGAUGUUCAAAGAGGCUGAAGAGGCGUACUUGAAGGCGAAAUCCCUUCUGCCAAAAGCGAAACCAGGAGAGUCCUAUCAGGCCAGAAUAGCUCCGAAUCACUUAAAUGUUUUUUUGAACCUGGCUAAUUUGAUCUCAAAGAAUUCCACAAGAUUGGAGGAAGCGGAUAUGUUAUAUAGGCAGGCAAUAAGUAUGAGAGCAGAUUACACUCAAGCAUAUAUUAACAGGGGGGAUAUAUUGAUAAAGCUGAAUAGGACCAAGGAAGCCCAAGAGGUUUAUGAAAGGGCCCUUUUGUACGACAGCAACAAUCCUGACAUUUAUUAUAAUCUCGGUGUGGUUUUUCUGGAGCAGGGCAAAGCCUCCCAAGCCCUCGCAUAUUUGGAUAAAGCCCUGGAAUUCGACCCGGAGCACGAGCAGGCUCUUUUGAAUUCGGCCAUUCUCCUGCAGGAGUUCGGACGGCCGGAGCUGCGUAAAAUCGCCAGAGAAAGGCUACUGAAACUCCUGGGAAAGGACGCGGAUAACGAGCGGGUCCAUUUUAAUUUGGGAAUGCUCGCCAUGGACGAGAAGAAUAUCGAGGAGGCAGAGCACUGGUUCAGGCGGGCGGUUCAUCUGAAGGCGGACUUCAGGAGCGCGCUGUUCAAUUUGGCGCUGUUAUUAGCCGACGAUCAGAGGCCCCUGGAGGCGGCGCCGUUCCUCAAUCAGCUCGUCAAGCAUCAUCCGGAUCACGUCAAGGGACUGAUUCUUUUAGGGGAUAUUUAUAUCAACAACAUUAAAGACUUGGAUGCCGCGGAGAACUGCUACAGACGGAUCUUGGAACUAGAUCCAGGCAACAUCCAAGGGCUUCACAACCUGUGCGUGGUGCACGUGGAGAGGGGCAAACUUCUAGAUGCCCAGUCCUGCCUCCAGGAGGCCCACAGACUAGCCCCAGAAGAAGACUACGUCCUGAGGCACUUGCAAAUCGUCCAAAAUCGCAUCGCAAAGUUGCACCUAAAUCCGAAAGACGGGGCAGAGUCAGAAACAAACCCCAGAGAAAAGAGCAAAGUAGUGUCCAACAAGAGUAUAGAUGAAAGGGAGAAAAAGACAAAGCCAGUCGUUUCUGGAGAUUCAGAAGAACAGAGGUAUAGUAGUAGGGUGGUAAAUACAGAGCCUAUGUUCGUGAAAAAUGUUGACAAUAUUGAUUACGUUGAUUAUUCAGUAAGAGAUGUUAGUUACUCUGACAGCACUGAUUAUAAUACUAGUAAAUGGAGUGAGACUGCAGCAGAAGAUAUGGACGAUCCUUCUUCUGGCAUGUCUUAGUGAUGACAUUAAUACCAUUAAGGAUUCUUCAGAUAUUUUAACUACUAUAUUAACUGAAAAAAAGCCGUAUAAAUUGAAAACUUCGUAUCUAAGGACUUUUUAUACGAGCCAUUAGGUGUAGUGUUCAUUCUGUGAUACUCAGAAUAAUCGUUUUAAACUAUAUUUUGAUCCUACUAUAAAUUAUAAAAUCUACUUUUAACUUUUAUAUACACAGCAUGCGUAAGAACUACCCAAAUGUGACUUAAGGUUCACAAUCAUUUUAUUUAAUACUAGAGGUAAACAAUGUUGUUAUAUUGUGAUUUAAAUAUUAUAAUUACCUGUAAUCAAGCCGAAGCAAAAAUGACCACAUUUAAAGUCGUUAAAGCGAUUGUUUUAGGCUAAGUCUUCCUUGAAAGUGUCAAAAAUAUUGUACAUAGUAACUUUAGUAAGACUCGACCCGAUGCAGACGAAAUUUUCGGAAAGAAAGGGAAUAUAUUUUUUGUGAGAUUUGCUAUGUCAAAUUAAACCUAUUACAAUGUAAAGUGAAGUGAAGAAUUUUGAUAGUUAAAUUAUUUUUGGUAUAAGCCACAGAAGUAGAAGAAGCUCUGAUUUUCCAAAAUGUUAGGCAUUGUGCAAUUCGCAUAUCUUACAGAGCAUAAAAGUGUACCUUGUAUGAUUCUUCUUUUAUAUAGCAUAUAGAAAGUACCUACGUCAUAAAUCAGUGACCAAAACCAUGCUUCUGAUUCUUUUGUCAUACUUUAUUGUAUGUUAUAUUUAACAGUGACAUUUUGGGUGGUAGUUGCAGAAUAGUGGUUACCCACGAUAUCAUUAGUUCAAACUUAUUACUUAACCAAUUUUUUAAUUAUCUUAGCAGUGAGAACAGUUAGAAUUAAUAGAUAUUAAUAAUACCAAAGCUUUUAAUGUGAUUUUGUUGACAAAAUUUCUAAUAAGGAAACUAUUAUUCAGUGCAGCUGUCUAUAUUAAGGCAUCUAAAAAUAAAAACACAAGGAUUUUUUCAACUUUUCACCUCGUUUUUCGCAGUAAAGGAUCAUGAAGAACAUAUAAACAUCAGAAAACGUAGUACGUAAAAGGCGUGCAAAAUCCAGGAAACGUAAGAUAAACAAACGAAUUAAAAUUAUGCUCAGAUUUUCUAAAAUG